AUGAAUGAUUAUACAUUUUCCGCCUCUAAUGCCAAAACUAAAGGCAAUAUAGACACAAGACACGAUUUGGAAAAAAGUCGAAAAAAUGGUGCAGAGGAGUGGAGAGCAAAACAUUUACAAUACGUUUCUCCUGCCGCACAGACAGAAGCUUGGGUCAACCAAAAUAGCGAUAGUUACGGUAUGGAACGCUCUGUGUUACCUAUAUACGAUAAACUUUCAGAAAAUAAGAAAGAAGAAGCGAGUGAAAAAGUGGAAAAAUCCAAAGAUAUAUUUAAAUCAACAUUUGAAUCAAAUAAUAAGUUGGAUAAAAAUCUUGCAAUCUACAAAAAAAUCAGACAAGUGCCUGGUAACAGUGAAUGUUUCUUGGAAAAUCAAUCACAAAAGAAGAAUCCAAGUUUCAUUUGGAGCAUCUGUCCCAGGAAAGAAAAUAAGCAGAGUUCCCAUAAUCAUGAUGCGACUUCAGAACGAUCAGAAACUUUUUCCUCAACAUCAUCUCCCCCGUUAACAAAAUCAGGAGCUGAUGCCACAGAUAGAGAUUUAGAAACACAGAAAUUGCUCAGAAACCAAUCUAUGGACGCAUCUAGCUCAAAUAAAACCGAACCUUCCAGUCAAUACUUUCACGCUGUCAGUAAAGAAAAGGGAGAAAAUGUUUCCUUGCCAAAAUUGCCAAAUGUGCCGCAUCACCUUCUUGAAAAAUUAAAGGAUAAACUUUAUGACAUUGCAACUAAAGACUUGUGGCUUUUCGAUGAAGAACAUAGAGAACAUUUUGCUGAAAACUUUGGCAUCACUAAUAUUUGUCCUUUAUUUGUCGAUCACUAUGGAUUCGCCAUGUGGAUGCUAGAUGAAAAUAAACGCUUGCUUCUUUGGAAUGAAAUGGAAAAUAGUAUUAUGUAUUUGGGUUCUAACUUAACAGAAGGUUUUACGAAUUACCUUAUCAAUCCAGAUAGGUUAUGUUAUAUCAUGGAGGAUAAUUUUAAGUUGGUGCCUGUUGAUGAAUUUGAACGUCAAGCUAAGGAAAUGGCCGAUAUGAUUUGGGCUAAUCGGGUGGAGGAAAACACAGAAAAGAAGAGAAUGAGAAAUAAGAAAAAUAAGAAAAAUAAUAGGAAGGAUAAAUAG